ACUAAUCAGCGCGCAGCUGUCAUGUGUUCCUGCGGUUGAAAGUAUUCCUAUAACCCAGCCGUUUGAUACUAAAUGAACACUUUUGGUUUCGUUUCCUCGACACAAGUAGGCGGGGCAUAGCCUACUUGCUUUAAAAACACUGUGGUCUGCCCUGCAAUGUAUUCAUCAGAAGGGAAGUGUGUCCACGGCAACACGCAAACACACGCAGAGGCUCACUGACAGCUCACUGUGUUUACUUUCCUGCACUGGACUGCUCCACUGGGAUUAAAGUCAAGCAAACACGGAUGCCAGUGUGGUGGUCAGAAAUGGGCCAGGGUUUGGGGCCUCCUAUAGGAUGGUAGCCAACAGCGCGGUAGAGGACAAGCAUCACUUGUCAACAUCCUCAGCGUCACCUGAUCCGGAUCAGCUUCAGCACCGGGACGACGCUCCGAACCCCAAGCAGAAGUCUGCGUCCGUGGCCCCCAAGUACAGCACCCACUUCCCCACGUUCAAUUGCAAGGAGGACUGCAGCGUCAUCACGGACACUGCGUCCCAGCUGGAGCUCAGCGGUUUCUACUGGGGUCCUCUUGGAGUUGAGGAAGCCCACCGCAUGCUUAGGGACGCCCCCCUGGGAAGCUUCCUCAUCCGGGACAGCCGACAAAAGGACGUGUUUUUCACGUUGUCCUAUCACGCCAAAAGCGGCCCGGUUAGCGUACGCAUAGACUACAAACGACAUAAUUUCUCAUUAGCGGGAAACGAGCGAACUUUCUCCACACUCUUCGCCCUCUUGGAGUACUACAUCAACUGCCCCAAAAGGAGCUUGAAGACCCCGUACAGGAAAUGGAAACCGACGCUACAAGAACUCUGCAGGAGACGCGUCAUGGAGAUCUGCGACGGAGCGACGCAAGUCUCGGAGUUGCCGCUAACCAAAGUGGUCCAAGAUUUCCUUAUGGAAUUUCCUUACCAGUUAUGACUUUGUUCCGCGUCGGAGUGAUCCUCUUCUUUCGGACACACCAACGGUCUUCAACCUUCAGGAAACAAGAAGACACAGAAUUAUUAUUAAAGGACAUCUUAACAGGUCUCGGAAGAACCAUAAUAAUAAUAAUAAGUGUGCCUUUUACAUGAGUUAUUUUUGUAGCCUGUUGCAAUACUCUAAUUAUUUCCAUGUUUACAUAUACAUAUGAAUGUUUUCGUGGUUCACUGUACUGUAUCAGAGGUAGUCCCUCUAGUUCAAGCAUGUCUGCCAAGCAGAUAUAUUAUUUUAUAGAAAUAAAA